AUGGCCGUCCAAGUCGUGACGUCCGAGCUGGUCGCGCCGAGCGAGGCCACCCCGCGGCGCGCGCUCUGGCUGUCCAACCUCGACCUCGGCGCCAGGAACGGUUACUCCCCCACCGUCUACUUCUUCCGAGCGCCCGAUCGCGGCGACGGCAAGGCCGAGUCCUUCUUCUCGGCCGGCGUCCUCAGGGCGGCGCUGGCCAGGGCGCUGGUCCCGUUCCACCCCUUCGCCGGACGCCUCGGCGCGGGCCGCCACGGCCGGGCGGAGAUCGACUGCAACGACGAGGGCGCGCUCUUCGUCGUCGCGCGGUCCGAGGCCGCGCUCGACGAUUUCGAGGGCUUCGCGCCGUCCAAGGCGAUGCGCGACAUGUUCGUGCCGCCGUAUGACAACGCCGGCGCGGGCGCCCCGUUGCUCAUGCUUCAGGUCACCUUCUUCCGGUGCGGCGGCGUGGCGCUCGGCACGGCCAUGCACCACUUCGUCAUCGACGGCCGCAGCGCCUUCCACUUCAUCCAGACGUGGGCCAGCAUCGCCCGCGGGGACGCCAGCGCCACCGUGCUCCCGUCCCUCGACCGCACCCCGCUGCGCGCGCGCUCCCCGCCGACCGUCCACUUCGACCACAGCCGCGAGUAUCGCCUCACCGCCCCCGCAUCAACCGAUCCUCCUGUCGCUGGCGGCGUCAAGCCGUCGUUGGAGUACGCCAGCGCCAUCCUGCGCGUGACAGGCGCACAGGCCGCCGCUCUCCGUGCGCGCGCGGGCGCGCCCCGCGUGUCGACGUUCCGCGCGCUGGUGGCCCACGUCUGGCGCUGCGCGUGCGCGGCGCGCUCCCUGGCCCCCGACGCCGAGUCCCGCCUCUACACCAUGAUCGACAUGCGCGCCCGCCUCUCCCCGCCGCUCCCGGACGCCUACUUCGGCAACGCGGUGGUGCGCACGUCGGUGUCCGCGAGGGUGGGCGACCUGCUGUCCGGCCCUCUCGGGUUCGGGGCGCGGCGGCUCCGCGCGGCGACGGGGCAGGGCGACGAGUACGCGCGGUCGGUGGUGGACUACCUGGAGACGGUGGACAUGGGGGCGCUGCCGAGGAGCGGGCUGCCGGGGACGGACCUGCGGGUGAUCAGCUGGAUGGGGAUGCCGUCGCACGACGCUGACUUUGGGUGGGGCGAGCCGGCGUUCCUGGCGCCGGCGCUCAUGUUCUACCCGGGGUUCGUGUACCUGAUGAGCUGCCCGGGCAAGGGCGGCGACGUGGCGGUGGCCGUUUCGCUGGAGCCGGAUCGCUUGGCGAGGUUCAAGGAGCUAUUCUUCGAGGAGAUGGCCGCCAUGGAGUGA